AUGUCUUUUGAUCGCUAUUUAGCGAUAUGCAAACCACUCCAUUAUGUCACCAUGAUGAAUGGCAGAAGGUGUUUCAGACUGAUCACCUUCUCUUGGAUUAGUGGUUUUCUGGCAACUGCCAUAACACAAAUGUUUAUGUCCCAAUCAGUUUUGUGUGGUAAUAAAAUCGAUCAUUUCUUUUGUGAUACCUUCCCAAUUAUAGAAUUAUUUUGUGGGGACACUUAUGCUUUAAAACUCUUUCUUUAUGUUAUAAGUUCAAUAUUUACUUUUCCGCCAUCUAUAUUAACCCUCACUUCUUACAGUUUCAUCAUUGUAGCCAUAAUGCGAAUGCCUUCCACUAUGGGGAAACAAAAGGCAUUUUCCACCUGUUCUUCUCAUCUCCUGGUAGUGACUAUUUUUUAUGGGACACUGAUGAGUAUCUACGCAAUACCAAACACCAUAAAAGUGAGCAGUCUUCAUAAAGUGCUUUCUGUGAUCUACACCAUCCUAACCCCCAUGCUUAAUCCUAUUAUAUAUACUCUGAGAAAUAAAGAAGUGAAGGACGCCUUCAAAAGAUUUAUUUCCUUCCUCUUUUUUCAAAUUUAUAGAAAAACCAGAUAUUAA